GUAACUGCACAGCCUCUUUCCCAGCUCUCACUCCUAAAAGCUCCCGGUGCGUAAUCAUUUCUUGAGAACAACAAAGUGACUGAAGGCUGAGGAGAAAUGAGCAAUCCUCAAGACACAGGCAGAAAAAGCCCCAGCGUGAUAGGAAGCUGCUUCAGAAGUCUAUUGGCUCCUGAUGGGUAAACUCAACAGCAAAAGCAGCAGAGGCAGCACUGCCUGAUCUGAGCUUGAUUCUGUUGGUGGACCUGUGAGCAGCUGGCAGGUCCCUGGCCAGGCCCCCUUCCUUCUCCUUUCUGGCUGAUGGAUCCUAAGUGGCUCCUCUCCUUGAGCCUCUUGCUGUUAUUUUCCCUGGGCUUUGAACUGAGCUACGGAACAGGUGGAGGUGAUAUGAACUGCCCGAAGAUUUUCCGGGGGUUGGGAAGUAACACAUUGCUGCCCCUAACACAUGAACGGAUAAACAAGAGCAUGAACAAAAGCAUCCGCAUCGUUGUCACAAUGGCAAAAUCUCGUGAGAGCAGCACCAAGACUAUUAUUGUAUCUCACCACACAUCUGAUAGGGAAUCUCCACUUAACCCGAGAGAUGGAUAUCAGUUUCACCUGGAAAACCUGACCCUGGAGAUCUUGAGAAGUAGGAAGGAGAAUGAGGGGUGGUACUUUAUUACCCUGGAAGAAAGUGUGUCAGUCAAGCAAUAUUGUGUGGAGCUGAAGCUUUAUGAGCAGGUCUCCACUCCAGAAAUUAGAGUCCUAAAUAGAACCUGGGAGAGUGAGAAUGGGACCUGUCGCUUGAAGCUAGCCUGCAUGGUGGAGAAGGGGGACCAUGUGGUUUAUAACUGGACUGAUGAGGGAGGCACACACCUGGAGAGCCCCAACAACAAUUCCCAUUUCCUGUACAUCACCAUUGGCCCUCACCAUGCUGACAAUAUCUACAUCUGCAAGGCAAGCAACCCUGUCAGCAAUGGCACCAAGGCCUUCAAUCCAUCGGGUUUGUGCAGGUCAGAUUCUUCUGAAUCAAGACAAUGGGCACUGUCUGCUGGGCUGUUCUUAGGAGGCAUCGUGAGUUUCAUCAUAAUUCUUAUAAUGGUGAUCCAACUGUUGAGAAGAGGUAAAGUGAAUCAUUUUCAAUCGCCAAUUACAGAAGAAAAUCUUACCAUCUAUGCCCAAGUCCAGCAACCAGGUACGAAACCUGAGUCCCUUCCACAUCAGGAUCCCUGCACAACAAUCUACAUGGCUGCCACUGAGCCUGUCCCGGAGUCUGUCCAGGAACCCAAUCUCAUCACAGUGUAUGCCAGUGUGACACCAGAGACAUAGCCAAGGGACUUUCUGAAGAAAGAUGGAGGAAUCAAAAUAAGCCUUGAACUGGGCCUGGAUUCCUAGGUUUUCAUGGCAGACAUUCUGCUCAUCUUAUAUGCUUCUCAGAGCAACUCCCUGGUGAUGCAUCUCCACAUACAGCUGUGAAAUGAGGAAGGCAGUGGGGCUUUCCAAACCUUCCAUCUGUCCUUUAGCCAACACAGGCACAGAACAGAGAGUUCCUUGCCUGAUACAGCAGUCCAUCUUUGCAGUGUCUCAGACGCAAUGAAUACUUCAGGACAUCUCGCUCUUUGCUAGAAGGGAUUAUGAAGGCCAAAGACAGAAAGCCAAGACAUCUCGUGCCUAUCUCAGACAGCUGGCCACUGGUCACAAAGUAUGGAAAUGUUUACAUUUUGGCUGUCUGAGCUUUGUUCAGGUAGCUAAGCCUGAUCCCCUGUGGACCUAAUCAAGGCUCUGUGUCUCAGUUUCUCUCUCUGGACAAGGGUGAAGAGUGAAUUGUUUGUUAUAUGUAAAACGCUCUGAUGUUAUUCUUUUAAGGAAACUAAGAUAAUCUGUAUUUUAUUUGUAAAACUCAGGCUAAAUAGUCUAUAAAUUUAAAAUGACAUUGGGGUUUGUGAGCUUUGAACAAUAGAACGGAAACCAUCUUUGAGACGCUCAAAAGUAAAGCUUGGUGCAGAACAGCAUUCUGUUUUAAAGUGAUAAUGCUGUUAUAAAGUAAUGGGGGAGCCUCAAAGAGUCCCAGAGAGAUUUUUCAGUUCUCGAAAUGUGUGUUGAAUUUUAGUUCUCUGUGGAUUCCCUGACUGACAAACCCAGAGUCUUAGAUAAGACUCCAUUCUGGUUCUGAUCCUACUCUAUAUCCCAAAUCUUCUGUGGAGUUAUAGGCCAAGGUACUUCUUACUUCUUGCACACUUCUCCUUAUAGAACUUAUCUUAAUGUGAAAAAUUAAAUUAUUUUGA